CUAGAGUGUUCUUCUAAAGUUCAUUUCCUUCUCAUCUAUCUCUUUAAAGCAAAACCGAUCAAAAUGGAAGAUGAGGAAGACAUGUUGCCACCCUUUUGGCUGCCAUCCGAAGGCGGUCGCCGCCGCCGCCUCCGCCGUUCGUCCUCCCUCUUGUUCAGCUCUGGUGCUCUUCUUACAUUCAUCAUUGUCACGGCUUGUGUAAUUGUCUUCAUCGUACUUCCCACAUUGCGCUCUUUCACUUCCCAUAUAUUCAGACCGCAAUUGGUGAAGAAGAGCUGGGAUUCUCUGAAUUUGGUGCUUGUUCUCUUUGCCAUUGUUUGUGGAUUUCUUAGUAGAAAUAGUAAUGAAACCCCGCGUUCUUAUGAAGAUCGAAGCUUCUCACAAGCAGCUUCUGCGAGAGAUUAUGUGAAAUCAAUACCAGAAACACCUCCAAGGCGCUGGUAUGAGUAUUCAGAAUCAGAUCGCACGGUGUUUAACAGGAUGAGGAGUUUCAACUCCUACCCUGAUCUCCGGCAAGAGUCUUUGUGGGUAGCCGGCGAUGAAAGGUGGCGAUUUUACGAUGAUACCAGUGUUGGGGGCUACCGCGGAUCGGACUUAGAUGAUCACCGGCAGCUUCGCCACCGUCACGUAAGACCGGAGGUCGUAAAUGAGGAACAGGAUGCUAUUAAGAACAUAGCCGUCGACACUUUUGUUGUUCGGGCAGAGGAAGUUCCCAGUGCGCCGCCGAUACCGGAGACGCGGCAGCCACCACCUUUCCCGCAUCCAUCACCCCCAUCGCCGCCGCCGGUGCAGCGCACUGAAGGAGUUCGAAGACAGGCGAAGCGAUCGUAUCAUGCCGCUGGGAGAUCGGAAAUAAUUGACAAAGAGGAAAAGGAUGAAUUUGAAGUCAGAAUGUACCAACCACCACACUCUACGGUGGCAACACCGCCGCCGCCGCCAGCUCCACCCGUUAAAGUUGUUCGGAAAAAUUCCAGGCGAACAUAUCGAAGUUCAAGACCAGCUCCAAUGACUGAGAAAGAGGAAAUAAGUGAGUUGGAAGUCAGGAAUUUCCCACCACCACCACGACGAUCAAUUCCGCCGCCGCCUCCUCCUCCUCCGCUGCCACUAUUCUAUAUGUCAUCGGAGAAGAAGACUGGCCAAGGUAAGAAAAAACGAGGGAGUGCGACUAAAGAGUUCUUAACAUCAUUGAGGGGCAAGAAAAAGAAACAGAGACAGAGGAGUGUUGAAAAUUUUGAAAGUAUUCUGAACUCUCAAGCUCCACAACUGCCACCGUCAACUCCUCCUCCUCCUCCGCCGCUGCCGCCACCACCGUCAGUUUUUCAUAAUUUGUUUUCUCCCAGGAAAUCCAGACACCAAAAAGUUCACUCUGUUUCGCCGCCGCAGCGUGCGCCAUCGCCGCCGCCUGUUUUGUCUACCCGAGUAUCAAAAACCCAGAAACCUCCCAUAUCAAACGAGAGACAGAUUUUCAACAGCAUGGAAGGAAAUGUUCUCACAGGUAAUGAGUCACCUUUCAACCCAAUUCCCCCACCACCGCCACCUCCGCCAUUCAAGAUACCAGCAUGGAAGUUUCGGGUGCAUGGUGAUUUCGUUAGAAUCGAUAGCGUUAGAAGCUCCCGUAGUAAUUCGCCAGAUAUAGAUGAAGGUGUGGACUCGCCAGCCAGUCAAGAACAACCGACGACGCCGCCAUUGUUCUGUCCCAGCCCAGAUGUUGAUACCAAAGCUGACACCUUCAUUGCGAGGUUCAAAGCUGGUUUGAAGUUGGAGAAGAUGAACUCCAUCAAAGGGAAGUCCAAUCUAGGCCCUUCCUGAACGUAGAAAACGGAGAAUAAACUGGACUAGAUUGAAGUUGCUAAAUGAUUGUAUUCUUUAAAAGAUUAUACUUUUGCAUUCUUUUGUUCUUUGUUAGAUUUUUCACAUAGAGAUCAAAGCCAUAUAGGGAAGGAUUCACCUGUCUCUGGCAUACAAUUCUUGAUUUACAUUUUCUUUGGGGAAUGUAUAUGCGUUUGAAAUUAUCAGUUUUGAAUGUGUGAUUGUAGUAUAUUUAUUCAUGCAUGAACUUUCAGGCUGUAGUGCAGAAUUUAUGGGAUACAUGAAUGAAACAGAGCAGUUUGUGUAUUA